UUUCCUAGAGAUUGAUAGUAGGUUUUGGCUAAAAACGUCAUGAUCAUCAUGAAAAGACCACCGAGAACGCUUUGACGAUGGGUCAAAAGAUGGUCAGAGAGAGACUUUAACCAGUCCGUGCCUACAGUCAUAUGACUUUCCAACAAAGGAAUUUCUCUUUGACGUUUUCCAAUGGAUGCAUUGCUGCUUUCACCCCUCACCUGGUCAACAACGGUCACCUGCCAGCGUUCGGCGUCCACCUCUUCCCCCUCUUCCUCCUCUUCCUCCUCUUCCUCCUCUGACGGUCAUUACUCUCUUCAUGCUGGUUGGGUUUGGGUGAAUGGAGGCUUUUGUUUGGCUCCGUUUCCCACGACCCGGCAUUCGCCUUGCAGUCGCGUGGCUCCUAACCAAGGGCCCCAGCCUUAGGGAAGGGGCAGAGGAAAAGGUGUGUGUGUGGGGGGGGCGUACAUCUGCUCAAUCUGACAUCUGCUAAUAUGUCAGUAUGAAACGGAUGCAGCUCCGGGCAGCGGGUCAUGACCUCCCACAUGCUGCAAACUCUCUAGUUUUGAUGAAAGUACACACGUUUGCAGGUUUGAACUGAACAACGCUGUUAUAUUGUGGUGUUUUGCUGGUUGUGUCCCGCGGAAGCAGGUUUUGUGAUGAGGACAGCAUGGUUCUGUGUUGCUCUGGAAAAGAAUGAGGGAGGGGGCUCCCGGGAGUAAAGCUGCGUAAUUGCACACUCUUGUUCCUCAGCGGGAGAAAAGAAGGCUGCUGUUUUUCUGUUGUGGGGCUAGAUGGAUGGAGGGAGAGGCGAGCGUGGUUUCAGGCUGGACAUCUGUCGCCGGAGGGGUUUUUCUCUCCUCCCCUCUCCCUAACUCUCUCCUUCCAGGCCUUUGAAUGGAGCCAGUGACCUGCCAAUCUUGACUGAUCGGGCCCCGUGUGUGGGAAAAUCCUGCAGGCAAAGAGUUGGGAGCAUUCACAUGCUAAUUUUGUCCUAUAAAAAAGAGGGUCCAACCUUUGCCGAGGACUCUGGAGAGGAGAUCUGGAGGAGAGAAGAAGCGCAGCAGGGACAAACAUGACUGCCUCCUCUGUGGUGCAGGACGUGGAUAAACAUCCCAGUGCCAAAGAGGAGAGAAAGAUGAGAAAGCCGCUGAUUGAGAGGAAACGACGGGAGAGGAUUAACAACUGUCUGGAUCAGCUGAAGGAAACGGUGAUCGGAGCGUUCAGGCUUGAUCAAUCCAAACUGGAAAAAGCGGAUAUUCUGGAGAUGACAGUGAAACACCUGCAGAAUAUUCAGAACUCUCAAAUGCCCGAUCCAACACUUGGCCUGGAGGCCCAGCAGAGAUACAGCACAGGGUACAUUCAGUGCAUGCACGAGGUCCACAACAUGCUUCUCACCUGCGACUGGAUGGACAAGACUCUGGGCUCCAGGCUGCUCAACCACCUCCUCAAAUCACUGCCCAGGUCCACUGACGACUCCAGCCGGAACCAGCCCAGACACGAUGCCCUUUUAGAUGUCCCUCUGCGAUCCGUGUUGGCCACGCCCCUCAGAGGGCUCCCCAAAAAGCCACGUCAGAAGGAGGGUUCGCCCCCUCUGCUGGGGGGACAGCAGGAGAGGCCAGAACUCCACAGCAGUCAUCUGAGCAUGAUGGAGAUGUGGAGGCCCUGGUGAAGACGAGGGCUUGAAUGAUCUUGGUUAUCCGUUUGGUUAGCUCAUCCGGUGUUAUGUAUCUUAUAGAUAUGCAGCUCAGAAGACAAAAAGUGGGGCGCUUUUGUUCCAGUCAUUAUAUUCCUAGGAUAACCUUUUCUCUGUACUUCCCUGAAGAAGGUGACCUCUUGUAGCCUGAAUUGUAGAAGGCUGUUAUUAAUCCUUCAGCUAUUUAUUGUACUAACCCCUGUAUUUAUUUGAUUUUAUAAAGCUUGUAAUUGUAUCUUAGACUACUUGCUUAUUACUAUCAUUUCCUCUUUUCAGAAUAAUUAACCUUUAAGAAUUUGUUAUUAUAAAAUAAAGUUAACCACACGUUUGGAAAGA